AUGGACAAAGGAAGCCCAGAGUUCAACCAGAGGACAGAUGGAAAGCUGGUUUCACCAAAAUGGAAAAAUUUUAAAGGCUUGAAACUUCAGUGGAGAGAUAAAAUCCGUCUCAAUAACGCCAUCUGGAGGGCAUGGUACAUGCAGUACCUGGAGAAGCGCAAGAAUCCAGUGUGCCAUUUUGUGACUCCACUGGAUGGCUCUGUUGAUGUAGAUGAACAUCGUCGGCCAGAGGCCAUUGCAACAGAAGGGAAAUACUGGAAACGAAGAAUUGAAAUGGUCAUCAGGGAAUACCACAAAUGGAGAACAUACUUCAAGAAAAGGUUACAGAAACAUAAAGAUGAAGAUCUUUCGAGUUUGGUCAGGGAUGAUGAUUUGGUUCUCUGGCAAAAAAGAAGGUAUGGCAGAGAAACCCCUGUCCCUAUGGAGGAAGGCAGCCUUUUGGAUGCAGAUAUGCUUAUGUCCGAGUUCACUGACACGCUGUUCUCCACGCUGUCUUCGCAUCAACUGGUUUCCUGGCCAAAUUCCAGGGACAUAGCACACUUAGGAAAUGCUGACAUGAUUCAACCAGGGCUUAUUCCUCUCCAGCCAAAUUUUGAUUUUAUGGAUACUUUUGAGCCUUUUCAGGAUUUAUUCACACCCAGUCGUUCCAGUAGUUAUUUCCCUUCUGUGUCUGCUGUCAGCUCAGCUACAACAGACAGCAGCAGCCAUUCUUCCCAGUCUCCUGUCCUGCCGUCGGGUUCAUUGCCCAACACACUUCCAGCGGGGAACAUCAGUGAUGGACUGAUUGCUUCCUCAGUACCUGCUCCUGUCAUUCCUGAUGUUGGCACUGACCAGUGUUCCAGCAUUAGAAGCGGGGAAUCUUUCAUCCAGCCAGCGGACUUCACUCCCGACUCACCUCUCGGCGGGCCACAAACUUUUAUGCCAGUGUUUCAGACACCCUUGCCACUGCUUCAACCUGCGACACAACAGCACCAGUCCCCGUUGCCUGCAGUGCCUCUGAAUUCUAGCUUAAGCUCUCCACCAGCUGCGUUUGCUGCACCAGAAACCCAGAAGUUUGGCCUCUGUGAGUCUACAGUUAUCACCCACACAGCUUCUGCUACGUUGACCCACAAUGCCCCUGCCACCACCUUCAGCCAGAGCCAGAACGUUGUCCUGGCAAUGCAGCAGCCAGGUGCAGGAGUGCCUUGUAACCUGGCUUUCCAGACUACUGUCCUGCAGGGACAGCCCCAGCCCCAGCUGCAGUCCCAAAUGACAUUUGCACUCCUCAAAGCUGUUCCUCUGGUCAGUGCUGGGACAAGGCCCAAAGAGUCACAAAAAAUAGUGCCUGCUCCGAAGCCUGAAACAGUGUCCUUAUUGUUAAAGAAUGCCUUCAUCACCCCAGCUGCCUUUCAGGGACAGUCCAGAGCUGUGAUUGUAACUCCAGCACCUUUAAAAAGAGAGGGGAUUUUGACGCCAGCCACGUCUCAGUCUGAUGUUGCAAUUGCACCAGCUGGAAUUGUCAGAGCUCCCGGGGUGACGGAGUUCCAUAUUAACAUUCUGGUUGGUCCAGCACAGCAAGCACCAAGUAGUCAACAAACCCAGUCCACAGCCUCACAUCUCUUCUCUCCUAGCGUAGUCCAGGAUGUGUUGGUGAAAAGAGAGCAAAUCCCUUCCCACAGUAGCAGUUCACAAGUUCCCUCACCUACACCUAGCCGAGACUGUCAGAAUUCAGGCCAAGCUUCCCCCUGCACCUCUGAGCAGAGCCCCAGUCCACAGUCUCCCCAGAACAGCUGCUCAGGAAAACCUGCCACUGACCCUAAUAUGGCUGCAUUUAAGAAUCGAAGAAUGAAGCAUAUUUCAGAACAAAAACGAAGGUUUAAUAUCAAGAUUGGUUUCAGUACUUUGAACAGCUUGGUUUCAGCCAACUCCAAGUCGAUCAGCCAUGCAAUCAUGCUCCAGAAAACAGUAGAAUAUAUCGCUAAACUACAGCAGGAAAGAACACAGAUGCAAGAGGAAACCAGGCGCCUUCGGGAAGAAAUCGAGGAGCUAAACGCUACCAUCAUUUCUUGUCAACAGCAGCUCCCUGCUACCGGGGUUCCCAUAACACGGCAAAGAUUUGACCACAUGAGGAAGAUGUUUCAUGAGUAUGUGAGAAGCAGAACCCUGCAGAACUGGAAGUUUUGGAUUUUCAGCAUUAUUAUUAAGCCAUUGUUUGAGUCCUUCAAUGGGAUGGUUUCCACAACAAGCUUUAAGGAUCUGAAUCAAACUGCAAUGGCCUGGUUGGAUCAGCACUGUUCUCUUCCUAUUCUGAGGCCAAUGGUGCUGAACACCCUUCGGCAUCUAAGUACAACCACCUCAAUUCUGUCAGAUCCAUCGUGCCUGCCAGAACAAGCCGCUGAGGCAGUUAACAAGAUGAACAAAACAGCUGGCGAAACCUAACAACCAAAGACAAUGAGUUGCUUAUACAAGGGGUGGAGAACCUGCCAGUCUAGCAGCCUGGCGAGUCUCCUUUCAGUUGGUGCACUUUAGAAAGAAUUCUCUCCAUCACCUGAGACAUCGUUCAGGGCAUCUGGCUCUGCCUUCAGAAUAUGUGGAAGUAUGAUGCAACAUUGUCAUAACGUUUUGAUUCCUCUUCAGUGCUGUGCUGUACUCCGUUAAGUGAGAAAACACCAAGCUCAGGUAAAUUUAGCAGGUUUGAGUCCUGCAGGCAGCAAUAUAUCUCCAUCAAUGCAGCAUGCAUCUAUAUGCAACAAACAUAUUUCUAUGAAACAGCUUCAAGUACUAAGUUCUCUGAAGUGUAAAUCUUGUACACCAAGGAAUGUUCUCUUAAAGGGGAAAUAUACUUUUGAUUUCAUGAAACAAAAUGUGCUUUUUAUUUUGUUUUCUGGUAUUCAGUUCCAUUUGUUUUACUUGAAUAGUGAAAAUUGUUAAACAGGAUCACAUUAAAAACCAAAGGAGAAGAAAAUCCGUCAGUGAUGUCAACUCAUGGCAAAAAUACUAGAAUUAAAAUCUCAGGCUGUGUUUUGUGUAUUUUUAUUUUAAUGAGUGUAUCAUUGCAUAUGAUCAGUUUCAAGACAUGCUUUAUUUUCUAGCAAAUAAAGUAGCUGAUUUUUAUUAUUUUUCCUGAUAUAGCCAUUGCAAGUGAGUAGCAGGCUAUGCAGUAAGUGCAAAAAAGCAGUUUAGAUUGCACAGAUUCUGCAAUUAGGAUAGAUACAUGAAUGUCAUACCCAUUUAAUCUGUGAACUGUUUUCUUGCACUCUGCGCAGUUCAGCUGCCUUCCUCAUGAAAUGUGCGCAUAUCAAACACAUCCAUAGAUAAAGUAGUAGCGCUUCAGAGACAAGAAUUGAGUUUAUAAUGUUAAGAAAUUGGCUUUUUUGUUAUCUCAGAAACUAUAUCAAAUCACAUGGCCUUGUAGUCAGUUCUUUGCUUCUUCAUCUUUUUUGCUUGUUCUUUUUGCCUUCUAUCUGGAAAACCUGAAUGGCUUAGCUAAAUUUGGUCUGUAUUCAGCAUGAAUUACAAAACAUAUAAAAAUAUGUUUAAAACCCGAAAUACUGCAUAACAUUUUUCUGUGACAGUCUCAGCAAGUACUGUGCUCUGCUGCAGAUAAACUUAGUCUCGUUACAGCAGUGACAGUCUGUCCAUCCUGAGACAGCACUGGGAUGUUCAUUCCAGCUGAUUGUUCGUAGUCUGGAAUGAUCCUAUGACCCUUGUAAUUCUACUCGUUACUUGAUUCUGAUUCUUGAGAGCUAUGCAAACUGUGGGUAACGUAGUUUUCUUCUAGUUUUGAAAGCAGGCUGCCUGGAGCUGAUUAGCAGGCUAUCACAGUGCUGAAAUGAGGAGCAGCUAAAACAUUUGGGCAUUGCACAUGCUUAAAUGAGGUCAGUAGGUUCUCCUUCAGGGGAUGUAGUUUUUCUCUGAGUUGUCCCCAGUCUUCUCCACUUGGUGGGUCAAAGUUUAAAAAGAAACAAUAGGCUUGGGGAGUGGGACUAAGCACAGGGAGUAUUUUUCUUUCUUCUUUGUCCUGAGAUUUUGCAGCUAAUGGCUUUCAUUGCUCACACAUCGCAUUGUGUGUGAACAGGGCCCUCUCCCUGAGCAGAGGUACUGUGAGUUGAGGAGUUGGGGGCUGAAGGGGACGGCUGGGGGGGAAAGGAGCCGAAGGGAAAGACAAAAUGGCAUGAUCUAAAUACCAACAUGCCUUUCUGUAGCUGUGCAGGUAAAUGAGGAGAUGCUACUUUUUUUUUGGUGUUUUGUUUUGUUUUGUUUUUUACAGUAGAUCUGACAGGUCAUUUGAAGUUUGUGGCACAUGUGAAAGCCUGUGUCCCUGUGACAGAACCAACAAAAAUCCAGGCCUCAGCUAAGGAAUGGUUUGUUGAAAUAGUGUAUAAAGGUUGUCAUAGUAAUUAAAUAGUGAGUAGGUUUUCAGGGGGGAUCCGUAUCUAGGUCUUUCGUAGAUAAUGUUGUAAUCAAUUAAGCAAUAUCCUUUGGGAUGCAUCUGGAUAAAAAACGUUGAAUAAGUGUGAAUUCUUUUUUAAAUCAGUGCUUUAAAUCCUCCCAUUUUUAUCAUUGAUUGUGAACUUGAUUCCAGUAAAGUCAUUUAACACUGUGAUUAGCUGGGGAGCAUCCCUCAAGUUCUUUCUUUACUGGGCUAUCUCACUGAGAUGCAUAGAUAGCUACAUGCAUAUGUGCAUGUUAAAAAUAUGUAUCCGGUUUUCUAGAAGCAAAUCAGUAGGCAAAUUGUCCAAGAACAGACCCACUUGUGGAUUUGCUGUACUUUUCAAGUGAACAGAUUCUGUAAUGCCUCCUCCACAGUGUGGUCUCCUGCUUGUCAGGCAGUGGUUGUGCUUGAUUUUUACCAUUACUAGUAUCAAAGAUAUUAGAGUUUUGUCUCAACAAGCAAAGUGCACUACAAGCAUACUUCAAAGCCCAGGGAAGUCUGACAACUUCUAAGCUUAAAUCCUAACAUCUCAGUUCUCACUGAAUGGAUUGGAAGCUGAAAGGGAUCUUAAAGGAAUAGGAAGGGGUAGUGUGACUGAACUGCUAAAAAUUUUGUCCAUUAGCAGUUUUUAUCUGGAUGUGGAUGGAAAAACCAUCAUGCUCAUUGCACCAUGAGUUGGUUACAAUUGGAGGGAAAGUGCUUAUUUUACUAACUUGUGGUGGAGAAACAAGCUCAUGGCACUAUUAAAAGACUGCAAAUCUUAACUUAGUAAAGAGAAAAAAAUUAAGUCAAAGAUUGCUUACUUAGGCAAGAGUGUAGGAGGGAGGGAAGUAAAAGUGAAAAGAUACUUUCCACGUAGUGCAAUUACCAGAAAUUAUGUGGCUGCUCUUUGAAGCAGUGAUUCAGUAUAUUUUUGUCACCCUAUUAUUGCAAAUCAGAAUUCUUUUCUUUUAUUAGUCAACCUUGUGAGGGGUGUGAUUUCACUUCAUUUGGAAACACAGGAGGAAAAAGCUGUAUUAUGUCUCACAUCUGUACAGUAGAAGUACUGAGGAUUGGUAUGAGAAGAGAUUGACCUGACCAUGUAUGUAUUAAUUCCUACAUAGUUUUCCACUUUGGUUUAUAUUUGAACUCCUUAGUCUGUCUCUCUUACCCAUCGAGGAGUCUAAAUACUAUAUUUCUUUAAAAAAAAAAAAAGAAAUUGGUAACACUUUCUCCCCUAAUUUAAGCUGUCUAAUUUCAUCAGUGUCACCAAAGUAUACUUAAGCAAGCAAAACACACGGUGCCUAUACUCUACACAGAAUUACAGAUGAUGCACGUCUGUCUUCAGUGAAUUGGUGCUAAACUUUUAAAGAAUCGCCAUAUAAUUGAAUACAAGUCAUAUUUAGUCAAAUCCAACAUAUUUCACUCAAUAAGGGAGUGGCUAGAUAAAAUAUUUAUGGCCUGUGAUAUGCACAAAGUCAAACUGAGAUUGUCUAGUGGCUCCUUCUGACCUUGAAUUCUAUUAAUCAGUAUAUUGUAGAUGGCCCCCACCCCAAACACAAGUUCUGGAGAGCUUGUGCAUUAUCUGAUGUAGUUAUUGGGCUUGUAUGAUGCUUCCUGUUAGCAGGAGGAGUAAGUGGUGAAAGUUCAGGAGCAAACUAGAAUUGAAGGAAUUAAUGAGUAGUAGGAACAGAGACAAGUGCAUGCUUCAUUUUGACAGUCUGAUCUCUGGACAAAACCAAAGGAUUCUUAAUUAAUACUAUUUGACCUGAUUGGCAUGUUCUUCCAUGCUUUUCUAGACCCCUCGGGAAGCCUUCCUUGAAGGGAGACUUAACUAGAAUGUUUCCAUCUGUGCCUUAGAUCUUGGCGUCCUGUAUGCAUUUGAUUUAUCUUAAGUCAUACAUUCUUCCCCCUAAUACAGUGCUAUGUGGAAAAUUCAGUGAAUUGACGAAGUGGGGCUUCCCUGGGUUUUAAGAGUAUUUUAUCUGCAUGGCAUUACUGUGUCCCUUUGAAACUGAGGUUGUGAAAAAUUGUGUGUAUGUAUGGAAAAAAUUGCGUCUUUCCUGCUGACUUCACCGUCCUCCCCUCCCAUGUACACACGCACAUAUGCACACACGUACAUACUGUCAUACCAAAAGUUUGACAGAAACCCAGUGAAUAUGCAAAUGCUUAAAUCUCUAAAUCUGGAAUGGCUUGAAAAGAUAAAGGGCUGUCAAAUUGCAUUGGAAAAUAAUAUCCCUUUACUUUGUACCUUCAGGUUUGGUUUUUUUACAUUCCCUUGAGAGUGUGUGUAUGCAAGUGUGAUAGGGGUGAGAGGGGCAGGUAAAUUUUGCUUUGGUUGCUUUUAAAGCCCAAAACUCCUGAAGAGCAGUUUGAGAGCAGGAGAGGGAAGCUCACUGCAGAAACAUUCAGUAAGAUAAUGCUUUUGUAGUACAAAUUAUUUGAAAGCUAUUUCACUUUGUUUCUGGAGUGGAUAAUUCUUGCCUUGAUGUUGCCAACUAGAAGAUACUGCUGAAAAUAGAAUGGGGUGUUAAAUAUUUUGACCUUUUUCUUUCUUUCAUUCUUUCUUUCUUUUUUGGUUCCUUUCCACCUUUUAUUGCAUGGAAAAACACCCAAAAUCAAAAGGCUGAUGAUACCUGCUUUAGGUGCUUUAGGGAUUCAGUCAUACCAAUCUCGAAGAACUAUGGACAACUGUUGAUGACUUUUAGGAGGUUUUUUGAUGAGGUGAGGCAACAGGAAUUUUCCUAUUACUCCUCCUUUAUACACUUGAGUUUCAGAGGACAUCAUUUGUUUUGGGGUUUUUUCUUUUAUAGGGCCCCAAUAUUGUUCCCACAACAUCAGUUCAGGGCUCAAGUUUCCUUUUGUUUCAUCCUUGGUUGGAUUUCAUGCUCACUUACUGUGUUAGAGCGGAAGUAGUAGUACCAAAUUGUAGAUUGAUCCAUAAAACUUGAUUCAGUUAAAAAGAAACACAUCUUAGGUAUACAAUAGAAUGACUUUCUAGCCAUUGUCUGAACUGCUUUUAUAUCUGAACUUUUCCAACAUGAAUAAGGCUUUGAAUCAAAAGAUAUCAAUGUUAGGAGCAAGCCUUUUAAUUAACAAUACAAUGAAUAAAUUGCUCUUUUUCUUCUUCUAACCUUGUAUGUAAACGUGUUUUAAGUGAAUGGAGUUCAUUCUUGUUUAAAAAAAAAA